GCCGCGGCACCAGAGGGCGAUUCCCGUUCCCCAGCAUGGCCCCCUUGGCUUGGGCCAUCUGCUGCUUCCUGGGGGGUCUCCUGCUCCAGGGGGGCCGCCUCAACCCUCGUGCCAGCCCCAGCCCCAGCGUGCCUCGCCUGCGGCUCUCCUACCGAGACCUCCUGUCUGCUAACCGUUCUGCCAUCUUCCUGGGUCCCCGGGGCUCCAUGGACCUCCAGACCAUGUACUUGGAUGAGUAUCGGGACCGCCUGUUUCUUGGGGGCAGCGACGCCCUCUACUCUCUGAGGCUGGAUCAGGCGUGGCCAGAUUCUCGGGAGGUCCUAUGGCCACCACAGCCAGGACAGAGGGAGGAAUGUGUCCAAAAGGGGAGAGAUCCUUUGACGGAGUGUGCCAACUUCCUGAGGGUGCUGCAGCCCUACAACCGGACCCACUUGCUGGUCUGUGGCACUGGGGCCUUCCAGCCCACCUGUGCCCUCGUCACGGUUGGGCAUCGUGGGGAGCACGUGCUUCGCUUGGAGUCUGGCAGUGUGGAAAGUGGGCGAGGACGGUGCCCACAUGAGCCCAGCCGGCCCUUCGCCAGCACCUUUGUAGGUGGGGAGCUGUACACAGGCCUCACCGCUGACUUCCUGGGACGCGAGGCCAUGAUCUUUCGGAGUGGGGGUCCCCGGCCAGCCUUGCGUUCUGACUCUGACCAGAACCUCCUGCACGAGCCCCGCUUUGUGAUGGCCGCACGGAUCCCCGACAACUCUGAUCAGGACAAUGACAAGGUGUACUUCUUCUUCUCGGAGACCAUCCCAUCGCCCGAGGGUGGCCCCGGCCACGUCACCGUCAGCCGCGUGGGCCGUGUCUGCGUGAACGACGUCGGUGGCCAGCGUGUGCUGGUGAACAAGUGGAGCACCUUCCUCAAGGCCAGGCUGGUCUGCUCUGUGCCGGGCCCCGGGGGUGCUGAGACCCACUUUGAUCAGCUGGAGGAUGUGUUCCUGCUAUGGCCCAAGGCGGGGAAGAGCCUAGAGGUGUAUGCGCUGUUCAGCACAGUCAGUGCUGUGUUCCAGGGCUUUGCCGUCUGUGUGUACCACAUGGUGGACAUCUGGGAGGUCUUCAAUGGGCCCUUUGCUCACCGAGAUGGUCCUCAGCACCAGUGGGGGCCGUAUGGGGGCAAGGUGCCCUUCCCUCGACCUGGUGUGUGUCCCAGCAAGAUGACCGCACAGCCAGGGCAACCCUUCGGCACCACCAAGGACUACCCGGAUGAGGUGCUGCACUUCGUCCGGGCCCACCCGCUCAUGUUCCAUUCCGUGCGGCCCCGGCGUGGCCGCCCCGUCCUUGUCAAGACUCCCUUAGGCCAACAACUGCGCCAGAUUGUGGUGGACCGCGUGGAGGCUGAGGAUGGGACCUAUGACGUCCUCUUCCUGGGCACUGACUCAGGCUCUGUGCUCAAAGUUAUCGCCCUCCAGACUGGGGGUUCUGCUGAGCCAGAGGAGGUGGUUCUGGAAGAGCUCCAAGUGUUUAAGGUGCCAGUUCCCAUCACUGAGAUGGAGAUUUCUGUCAAAAGGCAAACGCUGUACGUGGGCUCGCGGCUGGGUGUGGCCCGGCUGCGGCUGCACCGGUGCGAGACCUACGGCAGCGCCUGCGCCGAGUGCUGCCUGGCCCGGGACCCGUACUGCGCCUGGGACGGCGCCUCCUGCGCCCGCUACCGCCCCAGCCCGGGCAAGCGUCGCUUCCGUCGCCAGGACAUCCGGCAUGGCAACCCCGCCGGGCAGUGCCUGGGCCAGACCCAGAGCCCAGCGGAGGCCUCAGGACAGCCAGCCACCAGAGUCUUUGGCACCGAGCACAACAGCACCUUCCUUGAGUGUCUGCCCAGGUCUCCCCAGGCCGCUGUGCGCUGGUUUUUACAGAGGCCAGAGGAUGAGGGGCCUGACCAGGUGAAGACAGACGAACGAGUUGUGCAAACCGAGCAGGGGCUGCUGUUCCGCAGGCUCAGCCGCCUGGAUGCCGGGACCUACACGUGCACCACGCUGGAGCAUGGCUUCUCCCAGACCGUGGUCCGUCUGGCUCUGGAGGUCAUUGCGGCUGCAGAGCUAGACAGCUUGUUCUCUCGGGAGCCAAGGUUGGGGGAGCCCUCAUCCUGGGGGCGCCGGGCUUCCGCCCCACCCAAGGCUUGGUAUAAGGACAUCCUGCAACUCACCGGCUUUGCCAACCUGCCCCGGGUGGACGAGUACUGUGAGCGCGUGUGGUGCCGGAGCACCGGGGCCUUCCGGAGCCGGGGAAAGCCAGGGCAGGCCAAGGGCAAGGGCUGGGCAGGGCUGGAGCUGGGCAAGAAAGUCAAGAGCCGGGCGCAGGCCGAGCGCAAUCGGACACCCCGGGAAGUGGAGGCCACGUAGUAGUAGGAAAGGGCUGAGGAGGGGGUGGUCAGGUUGGGCUGAGGAGCUCACUAGCAGCCCUCAGCAUCUCCCCCCUACUCAGUUAGGGCAAAGGGGACCAUAAUGCCUGAUGGCCUCUUAGAGAUGGACAUGUCUACCACCUACAGGAAAGACUGGGGGACUGAGGGAGGGGUCCUAGGCUCCAGCCAGUUCCCUGUCCUUUGUGUUCUCAGUCCCAGGCUGGAGCUGUCACCCUCUGAUCACCAGUACCCCCAAGGGGCCUGCUGUUUGCUCACUGAUGUCCUGGCUUCCGCAGCCUAUUUCCGGUUUGCCAGGAGGCAAGAGGGUUGGGUGGUUCUUUCCCAGCUUGCAGAACAAUGGCCAUUCUGAGUUGAGCCUCAGAAUGGGUGUGUGGGUGGCUCUAAGGGGGUCUCUUGUCAGAGACCCUCAGGCUGCCGGAGGGGGACAGAAGCAGCCUCCCAAGCUAGAGCCUAUUAAACAGAGCCAGCCUCAACUCUGAGGUAGAAGGGAAGGGGAAGGAACGGAGAAGGUCAAACUAUACCUCUCCCUUGAUGCUCUGUUAUCUAGAUGGUUCCCUGCCUCAGCACCCGAAAAUUACAGAUCAGAGAUUUCUGGGAUCUGGGGGUGGGGUCUGGACCACAUUAUAAGCCAGGAAGAGUUAUGAAAGUGUGAUGCCCCUUCCCUAGGUCCCACACGGGUAGGCCAGAUUUCCCGCUAGGUCCCACACGGUUAGGCCAGAUUUCCCACUAGGUCCCACCGGUUAGGCCAGAUUUCCUGGGCUAACAGCACAUCACCAUCUGAGCCCCAUGCUGAGGGACAGGAGAUGUCAGCCCUCAUCUGUGGACUGGAGGAGGUGGAGAGGGGAGCUGAGGAUGGGUGUACGAGGCACGGACUGCCUUUCCCGGGCACCCCCAGCCUUGGGACAGCAAGAGUGUGGGCUGGGAGCUGCAUCAGGCUGUGUCCAGACCUUUCAUCCAAGGCCACAGGGAAAUUAACAGAGUAGUUCCAUGGACCCAGGAGCAGGUGUCCGUAAGACUCAAGGUGGCAUCCAUAGGUUCAGGAGCCAUUGGGAUGGUCGGAUGUUCCCAGUUCUGGAACCAAUAUUUUCUGGUGCACAAAGGUUAGCCAUAAUUAUUCAUUUGCAAAGCCUUCUCCCAUCCCCACCCUGCCUUUCUCCCUCACUUUUUUUUUUUUUUUUUUGGUAUGGGGAUGGAGUCCCGGCUCCGUGCAGGCGCUCUACCACUGAGCUACAUCUUCAGCCCUCUUUUUUUUUUUUUUCUUUUAUGGGGAAAAAAUACAGAGAAGAAUGCUGUUAAGAGCUACAAAUCCUGGACUCUCAUGCUGAGGCUGGGUGGCAAGGACACAUUUUUCCUGGGUGGUAGGGAAGGUGUUUUGCCCCCAGCGGUUUUCCAGCUGGUGGGCACAAAGGGCGAGGAGGGCAACUCAAUGAAACGUUGCUCCCAGCCAGCGGCUGACAGAGUCAGUGACGCGCGAGAUGGACGGAGGGAGACAAGAGCAAGUAUGAGAUGCUUUCCUUUGAAAAAUCAGAGGAAGGAAGAAUGGAGAGAAAAAAAAGAAGAUAAACUCUGAGGAUCCUUCUGCUUGGUAUGUUGACAGGUAAAAGCAGAGGAGGGGAGGAGCAGGUAGGAGCUGGAGGAAAGAAGGGAAGGGGAGACAGAGGAAAUGAAGGAGGCGCGGGAGACCCUGAGCAGCCAGAAAGCGACAUCCCUGCCUUUAGACUCGACCCCUGGGUUUGUUAAGUUCCAGACAGGGUCCUCUGGGAAGGUGGCCCCGGAGAACAGAGGAGUUCAGGAUUCUGAACAAUACCUGCCUGCGCUUAGGAAGAUACAGAUAGCUCCUGCCCACUGUGGGCUCCCCAUGGUACUGUGUAACUAACUGUGGGCUCCCCAUACUGUGUUACUAGCUCCUGGAAAUGUCCUUCAUGUGUGAAUUGUUACUGCUUUGAGAUAGGCUUCGUGGUUUCUCUUGUCUUCUGAGCAUACUUCCUGAAAUCGCUGUUGCUGUUUUUAUUGUUAUUUACUGCCCCUAAGCUCUGGUGAGGAAAGCAGAGCCUACAAGGAAAGGGAUAAAGUUAAUAUUUACAUCACA